GUUAAUUGUUUAUAUUACCGCCAGUGGUGGGUUGGUGUGUUGCAGGCCGCAGCAGAGUAUUUUACGCACGCAGAUAAUCUGCAGUCAAUUCAGAUCAUUCAGAGAGGAAUUGGAUUACUUAGACAGCUUGUCUGUCUUUUCCCUGAAAUUGUUUGUAGAGUCUUCCUUUGAUGGCCUAUUGCGGUUUUGUUCUUGCAUGUUGAAUCCUCUUUAAUGAAUUAAUACUUUCGUGGGUAAUUCGUAAAUGAUGAAUUUGCUGUGUCGCGUUUUUUUAUUCUUAGCGUGUUUUAUACUAGUACUUGCGGAGGUAUCUACCAAAGCAAAACAAAUUCAAACGUCCAACGAUGUGUUUCCCCAGAGAUUAUCUUCGCUUCGUGACCAAAAGUUUUCUGUAAAAGUGAAUGAAACAAAUUACUCUGUUGUAAUUGCUGCACAAAACAAUUCAGGAAUUAGUGUUGUUACUCAAGAAGAAAAAAAUAUUAACCAUACUUUAGGUCGCAAUAAUGAAACUACUUGGAUGCAGUCAGAUUCCUGGAUAAUGGUAAAGUAUGGUAGUGGUGAUAUGUAUAAUAUCUCAAAAAGCAAUGGAACUUGGAGUACCAAUAUUUUAAUACUUUGUAAUGUGGACAUUCACCAGCCUGAAUUGAAGUUUGUGGGUGAAAACCAUCAAGGAAAUUAUUUUUACAUGUUUGAAUUAGUUACGUGUGCUGUUUGCCCCCAUGAAGGAUUACAUGAUGAAGGACUUAGCAGGGGAUCUGUAUUCUGCAUAAUAUUUUUAACAUCCGUGGGGGUGUACCUUAUAAUUGGUAUAUGUUACCGCCGAAUGGUUGUUGGGGCAAAAGGCUUUGAACAAAUUCCUCAUCACAAGUUCUGGACAAGACUUGGCAAUUUACAAGCUGAUGGCUGCAAUUUAGUGUGUCGUCGUGAAGAGGAAGAAACUUGGCAACGUUUGACGAGCAAUCCUCCUAAAGACACUCAAGAUGAUCAAGAUGAUGCUUUGUUGCGACCGUGAACAGUGUGUGAAGCUUCCGUCGUAACAUUCAGCUAUUAGAUGAAGUGUUAGAGGAAUUCAAUGUUUUUGGGUGUCUGAUGUGUUGUAGGAAUUGUGAUUUCUGUACUGUUCUCCAUAGGAAUCUAGUCAGUUGCCAUUUGUGUAUAUAUCAAAGACAAGAAAAUUAAGGCUGAUUUACUGAGGCAGUGAGUUUGUGUAAAGUUUCUUAAUGUUUUAAUUAGUUGAAGAAUUCUGCGAAGAACAGGUAUGAUAUAUACAAAAAAUUUUGAUUUAGGAUGAGUGCUUGCAAAAUUGGAUGUUACAGACUAAACAGUUUUUUAGAAUGCAAAUGAGAGCUAUUAGAGUCUUGAAACAGUUCUGGUGUUGGAAAUAUGUUCUCUUCAGUGUUGCUGUCUAUCUUUUAUUCUAAAAGUAAUUCUGUUAUUGGUCAAAUUAGCAUAAUGCAAUUAUUCCAGUUCCUGAUCUGAUAUGGUGAUUUGUGAUAUAUUGAUAUAUAUUCUGUGUGGCAACAGAUCUGUAAAACAAGGAAUUGUUCAUGAAUAUGUAAUUCACUGGAAAUCUCAGGCAAUUUUUUUCUUUUAUUUCAAAGAAAAAUUUUUGAAGUAAUUAAAAUGCGCCCUUAUCCUUUAAGCAGUGAUUGGGAAAAGGCUUAUGCUUGAAAAUGCUGUUCUCAAAAAAUAGCUUUCAAAAAUUUGUUUUUCAAAUAAUUUAUCAUGUUUGAUUCAUGUCAAAAGUAGCUUGUAAAAAGUGCAUUGCCCAUUGUUGUUCUCAUGCAUACUGAUGUAAGCGCACAUAAUGGCUGCCUUCUUACAAAGCCAGUUGGCAGCCCCUCCAGUAAGUGGUAGGGCACUUCACACAGCCACUGAGCAUGGAGAAGAAAAGAUUUGCAAAUCACCUCUCGGGGCACCAGCAGGCAGUCAACGUCUAACCAGCUAAGCUCAGUGGCAGGUCAAAAUGGCCUAGUGUGAACGCUGCCAAAGAAAACUGUUGCUUCCAGUGGUGUGCUGCCAAUGUCAGGAGUAUGCCACCAACCACUACAGCAACACCACUGCUCUGUUCAUGUGAAUACCUCUGUUAAAGCCAGUGUUUUAGCUGCAGACGUGCCACUUGGAAGCGCUGCCAAAUGACCUUUUGUAAAUAGUUGCCUAAAGGACCGUUCACUGAAAGCAAACUGUCUGCUCAUACAGAGAGUGCUGUUCAUGGACUGUCUGCCAUGAACCCAUAAAUUACAUCAUUCUAUAUAGUCUAACGGGGUGACCUACCAUGACAGAACAGACUAGUUUAUGGCAGACUGCACACAUUGUCAAUUUUUUGUGUGGGUUUAUGGUGGUAUUAGUUAGUAAACUUCAUUGAUAUUUUCAGUUUCAUGAGAUAACACAAAAACAUUUCUUCAAACAUUUCUGUGGGCAUUGGAAAAUACAUGAGUCUUGGAAAUAAUUAUUUUUUCACAUAGUACAUGAAAUUUACCAAACCCCUCUUCUCUCUUCUCCUCUUUGAUUUGUUCUUUGCCCCAAGUCUUUUUCCUCCUUCAUAUAACAGAAUGUACUGAUGUUAGUGACUCUUUUAAAAUGUUUGAAUUAAAAAAUGCAACGAUAUGUAGUUGGCCUCAACUAGUCUGUUUUCAAAUUCCAUACGUUCUGCUCACAAAUUUAUGGUGGGAUGAGGGCAUCCCCUCCUGCUCUCUGUUUGGCAGAUCCUUACAAGGGUUUGAAACAGAUUGGGGGGAAAGAAGUAUUUUUAUUUUAAAAUUUCAAUCAGAUUUAUUAGGUCAAUUACAUUUGAAUUAAAAAAGUAUUAUUUGGAUGCUUAAUUUAUCAUAUUGAUCAAUAGUGUGUGGACUCGUAUGUAAUUACAUGUUGUUAUACAUUUAGCCCAUUCGACUGGUUUCAACUCCAUUUUGGAAUCCUGAACAAAAUUACUAAUGCUAGUGUCGUCUAGUGUGGCUUUGCAUAAUGUUCACCAACAUGGCCCUUAAAAAUUCUUCGAAUUUAAAGGAAAUAUUGAAAAUCGAGGGAAUUAAAGAUGUACAAUUACAUCAAAGGACUGGCUGCAUAAUGUUUUCAGCUGUGCUAUUUUUCUACCGGCAUGCCUGUGUGUGGCCCGCGUGUCUUCUAAAAAAUAAGUGAUGUUCUUCAGUGUCGGGUCUCGAACGGGAUUUUGUCUCUGAUCCAUUGAGCAAUUGCUGAGAUGACACCUUGUUUUGCUUCUGGGCAUAAAUGUAGCUUCAUUAUGAGCACAUUUUGUUGAACUCACCUUUUGCCAGUGGUGGUAGCAGUAGAGCAGUUGUGUGUUACUAUUGUGGUUGCAAUAAAGAACACAGUUUGUUUACUGCUGUGACUAAUGUUCUACAACUUGGGAGCAAAAAUAACAAGUUUUCAAAACUUGAUAACUUUUCUUUUUCUAAAACUUGUAUUGGUCAUUCAAGUAUUUACAAUUAAAACGGGAAGUGAUUCUGGUGCUCAAGAAAACGUGUGCAGAUGGUACUUCUGCUCCAUACUUCAUUCAGUUUUGACUGUUCUAUGGCUAAAUAAAUAAAAAGUAAUGUUGAGAGCGUAGGCUGCUUCGGCCGGAGUUAGUAGCUCCUUGGCUGUCCGUGCGAUGCGUCCCAAGGACAGGUGCCAACGUUUCAGCCGCCUUUGAAAUGAAAAUGCAUUUUUGCCCCGAGGAAGGCCACAGAACAGCGGUUGGGAUGUUGGCACCUGUGCGUAUACUUUGUUUUAAAAUGAGGGUGUGUUAAUGUAAAUCUGUUAUGGUGUCAUUGAAUCGGGAGGCUGAACAUCACCAUAGUGAUGCCAAUGUAUAGUGAUGUUUAAGCUCUCGUUUGGAUGUCACACUUGGAUGUUUGUGCUGAUGAACUGUCAAAGGACCCUAUAAAUAAAAUGAAGUGUAGGACGCGGUGACUCCCAGGCAACCAAGUAGCUAAAAGUAAUGUUGGUAGCGUUUCUAGUGAGCUGGUCCAAGAGUGGAGUGGGCGAAUGCAGAAUUAUUGCGUUUUUCUUUUGCUGAUAAUAUUCAAUUUCAGAUUUGCGUUUUUCUCAUUUAGAGAUUUUUUCCCUUCAGUCCCCUGGAAAAUCAAUAAGUGAAGUUUUACUGUCCAUAUUUUUUGCCUUUCUAUGUUCAGUUCUCAGAAUCAUGAGCUUCGCAAUUGGGGCAAUCAUAACAGAAUAUUAAAAUAUUUUGUGUCAUAUUUGUACAUAGUGUGUACUAUAUUAUAUAUGUAAUACAUUUUGUAAAACAUUUUUUUUUUUAUUCUACCAAUUGUUUUGAUAUUUAGUUUAUAAAAUAGUUUUAAUGAAUUUCCAAAAAUUAUAUUUAUUUAAACAAUUUGCAUAUUUUUCUUGCACAUAUUCAGAAUUUUGUGCAGAUUAAGUGAGGUACCCCAUGUGGAAACGUGCACAGAUGCACACACACACUGAGUUAAUCUGUCUGCACGGCAUGUAUGUUGUAUGAGCGCUAAGUAUAUUAACAUUAGGCGUGGAAGGUAUUAUUCAUUUCUUGAUUUUUAAUCCUAAUUGAUGCGAAAUAUUUUUUGUCGCUGACAUGUAGUUCUAUGAUGACAAUGCUACAGUUAUUUAUUGAGUACCCAUGUUUGUAUGAUGGCUAUCAUUGCUCUCUAUGAUAGACUCUGAAAGAUAUUUAAUCCAGUAGGACAAGCUUUCUUUAUUUUUAAAAUUGGUUUAAUAUAUAUUUUAUUAAUGUAAUUUCAAAUUGUGUAAAUUUAUUUUAUUUGCUUGUAAAUUUUCUGUAAAUUAGAGUGUAUUUUGCAUAUUACAUAUUAUAUCGCUUUUGACAUUUUUUUUACAUAACUCUUUUAUCAUUUUCAUUGUAUAUUUAUGUUUGUAGAAUAUAUUAUUACAUGUUUUUCCAAACUCUAUUGAUCAAACACAGAUACUUAUUAAUAUUAUUAAGAAUUUUUACAGCAUUUAAUA